AUUGUUUAUGUCAGUCAGACGAUUGAUGAAGGAAGUGGCUAAAAACACCAAAACAAACUAAUCGAUUUGACAUCCGACUUCCCGCAACUCUCAACCAGAGACGUUAUGAAAAACAGGAUUAUUGCCCCGAAACAUAUGCUGUCAACGCAAGGGGUAAUAAACUCAUGGAGCUGCGGAGAGUAACGAGCCUCCGGCGGGGCUGCAAAAGAGCCAAGCCGCCCAUCGCGAUCAUGAGGCGGGAUAGUAAAGUUCUGCGCCCGCUGCCUGUGGAGACCAACAAUGAUGAGGAACCCAUGGAGGAAGACGACUUUUUCUCAAUGGGCUUCCUCAAGAAGGACAAUUUCGAGGCAGGGAUGCUCUUCACAGCGCCUCGGUAUAGUUUAAUUCGGGAAGUGGGUCGCGGGAGCUACGGCGUGGUUUACGAGGCCGUCGCCCGGAGGUCUGGAGCGCGGGUGGCGGUUAAAAAACUCCGCUGCGACGCACCUGAAAAAGUGGAGCUGGCGCUGGCUGAGUUCUGGGCCCUGGCGAGCCUAGAGAAAAGGCACGAAAAUGUGGUGCAACUGGAGGAGUGUGUCCUGCAGAGAAACGGGAUGGCACAGAAGAUGAGCCACGGGAACAAACGAAACAAGCAGUAUUUGAGAUUAGUGGAAACGUCGCUAAAAGGUGAGCGUAUCUUGGGUUACCCAGAGGAACCGUGUUAUCUUUGGUUUGUUAUGGAGUUCUGCGAUGGCGGUGACCUUAACCAGUACAUCCUCUCACGACGGCCCGAUCCACGGACCAACCGAAGCUUCAUGAAACAAUUAACCAGUGCUGUGGCCUUCCUCCAUAAAAACAACAUCGUCCAUCGAGACCUCAAACCAGACAACAUUCUCAUCUCACAGAAAUCCGGCAAUCCUGUCAUCAAGGUUGCAGAUUUUGGACUCAGCAAGGUGUGCGCAGGACUCAGCUGCAUGCAAAACGAAGGCGACGAUCAGGUUGAUAAUAAGAACAUUGUGAACAUUAAUAAGUUCUGGUUAUCGUCAGCAUGUGGAUCUGAUUUUUACAUGGCACCCGAGGUGUGGGAAGGCCAUUACACGGCCAAAGCGGACAUUUUUGCGCUUGGCAUCAUCAUUUGGGCCAUGAUCGAACGGAUCACGUUUAUUGAUGCAGAGUCCAAGAGAGAGCUCCUCGGGACGUAUGUUCGCCAGGGAACUGAGAUCGUCCCAGUAGGUGAAGCCUUGCUGGAGAACCCCAAAAUGGUUCUGCACAUCCCGCAGAAAACACGGAGCGUCAUGUCGGAAGGUGUCAAGAGGCUUCUGCAGGAUAUGCUUGCGGUUAAUCCACAGGACCGGCCAGAUGCAUUUCAGCUGGAGGUCAGAAUGGACCAGGUCACAUGUGCGGCGUAAGAGGACCCGAUUGGCUAAAACAAGCAUGCAACUUUUUCAGGUUUUCACAGUAAAGCGGAAGUGAAAAAGGGAAAAAGCCAAUCCUGGAACUGUGAAUUUACUUUUGCAAACACUUGCAAAAAGCAGAAGUGAAAUUAAAGAGACUUCCUGUCUAUUUUAAAGACCCAUCAGAUGGAAAUGCUAUGCAGGUAUCAUCAUCAACACCCCAAAAAACUCAUCACAAAAUCUAAUUCCAGAUCUCAGCAGCAAUCCAGUCAUAUUCCUGCUGUCGUUUUAGACCAGAAGUUGUACUUUGUCUGCACCUCUGUCAAAACUACCUAUUAUUUACCACACAGUAUAGAUGUAAAUAGCUAGAUGUCGAUAAUAGGGUUGAGUGAAUGUCUGCGAAUGCUCUUAAAUAUUCACCAGACGACAGAGAAGGAAGUUAUUAUAAAGCUCACGAGCACGAAGACACACUGUGAACGAUAUAAUGUGAAUUUUAUGGGUGCAAAGUUACACCGUUUCUCCUUUAGGUCACGUUAAAAACAGCAUUUCUCCCCCAAAAAAAUGAAAACGACAAAAAAAAAAUCACCUUUGUGCCUUGUUUUAAAAAAAAAUAAGAGAGAACAUGCUUGGAUGGGUUUAGUUCUUAUUUUAAUAUAUAUUAUAAAUUAUUUUCACCACGCAAACACAUGCAAAAUAUAUAUAUGCAAUAGGAAUUCAAAUUUAAUUAGAUUUUUUUUUGUCAGAUAAUAUUGUUUGUAUUAUUAAGACACUGAUCAGGUAUGAAAAAAGCAAUAGCAUUGGUCAGGAGAUGAUGUGAUCAUCUAUGCAGUCAGCUGACGGUGUGUAAAUAUGGUUCGGUGAGGGAUCAAAUAUCUUUUUACUUUGUCUGUUUGAUUUCCUUUCACAUCAAAGAAGGCUUUAAAAAGAAUGACAUUCUAAUUCGGAAUGCUCUCGGCUUCCGUUGGAACGCAACUGUUUGAAAUUGGAAUUUAAAUGGAAUGUUAGGAAAUUCCAUUUCUAUGGAAACUGCGGAGUCUUGGUUUCUCCUCAGAUCUGUUUGAGUAAAACACACUACCAGAUGUUAAAGUGUUUCAUUACAAAGAGGGAUUUUUUUUGUAGAGUUUCUAUAUUUUGUUAUUCAUGGCUGUUUUAUAUUUACGUAUGGUUGUGAAUUGCAUUAUGGGUCCUUGAUCUCUGCUUUUUUCAAAUCUGAUGUCAAAAAUUUAACUCUGAAGUCACAGUAGUUUGAAACCAAGACAAUUUCAAUGUGAUGAUGACUGGUCAUGAACAUUGCCUGUUGUCAAACUAUUUCAUAACUACACUGUAAAGAAAAUCCUGGGCGACACGGUGGCUCAGUGGUUAGCACUGUCGCCUCACAGCAAGAAAGACGCUGGUUCGAGUCCCAGCUGGGCCAUUUGGCAUUUCUGUGUGAACUUUGCAUGUUCUCCCCGUGUUGGCGUGGGUUUCCUCAGGGUGCUCCGGUUUUCCCCACAGUCCAAACACAUGUGCUAUAGGUGAAUUAAAUAAACUAAAUUGGCCGUAGUGUAUGUGUGUGAAUGAGUGUGUAUGAGUGUUUCCCAGUACUGGGUUGCAGCUUGGAGGGCAUCCUCUGUGAAAACAUAUACUGGAAUAGUUAGCGGUUCAUUCCGCUGUGGCGACCCCUGAUGAAUAAAGGAACUAGGGGUUUUUGUGGCGGGAUUUAAAACACCUACCCAGACAUCACUUCAAACUAAUAGGAAUGUAAAUAGAAAUCAAUUUUUCUAACUUUUCACCAUCAGAAGUGCUUGUAGAAUUGAUCAAGAUCCCAUAAUGCAAUUCAGGAGCAUAAAUAAAAUGGGAAAAAAGCAAAACAUGAACCACAAAAUAUUAAAAUCUGUUAAUUUAUGUGUAUUUUUAGAGUGUAGCUAAACAAAAUACUGACAUGAAUUUAAGAUUCUAGUCGAUAUUUUCUGUGAUCUGGACGUUCGUACCUGGUAAAACCAGCGAGUAUUUGUUUUCAUUCUUGCUAUAUUUUAGUAUCAUUUCAAUUCAGUGUUCUGGUUUACAUUUUCAGUGUUUCUACCUCACUUUCAGGACAUCUUUAAUGUCACGUUUCCUCACUAUGUUUCACCGCAAAAUUACGAUUUUUAAUUCUCCAUUUUGUUUUCUAGUACAAUGAAGAUUCUUAAAGGGACAGUUCACCGCAAACAUUUAAUUAAUGAAAUUAAAAAUCCAUUCAUCUUACGCAGAAUUAAUUAUUUUGUCGAUUUUUUUUUUUUUUUGGUAAAUAAUACAGUUAAUGACAAUGUUUUUAUUUGACGUUUGGAAAGAAAUCCUAUAAUGCUGUGUUCACACCAGACGUAAAUAGACGCGUGAACAUUUUGAGUUGAAUCGCUUCAUUCGCGUGUCAAAUUCGUUUCAUUCAUGCUUCAAAUUCACUUCACAAUAGACGCGCAUUUGCGUCAUGGGCAGGGCUUCUGUCUGCCUGGGUGACACUAGCUUCGUUGCUAAAAGGCUAACAUGGAUUUUAUUGAGAUGGUAGCUGGGAUUUAUGUGCUUUGGAAGGCUAAAAACAGCGAAGAUUCAUUCGGCGCCGUGUCUGAGUUCACUAGAUCCUUUCAGACGUGCUUUUUCAGCAACUAUACCUGGAUGAUGGAAGCGUUCAGCAGUGCUCCAGACUGAGCCGAGCCCUGUUUGAUGAGCUGUUGUCCGGUGUCGGCAAGAGGAUUUCCCCUCGGGACGCUAACAACAGGCACUACAUCAAAAUCACACCACUACAAGAGCAAGCUCCUGAUUGGUUAAUGCAACACGAAUCUCUGCUAAAGUUCAGAUUUUCCAACUCGAGCAAAGUUAAGUGCGUCAAACACGCAAAACGCUCAAUUACGCCACUUCAUUCAUGCAAAUCACGCCAUUCGUGCCGCAUUAUUCAUGUGAAUCGUGCUGCAGGAUGUCUAUUCACGUCUUUGCAUUUACUUAUCAUGUAAAUCACUUGCGCUUGGCGCUUCAUCCGCAUCUGUUGUGAACACAGCAUUAGAUCUAUAUCGAACAAAACAAAUAUCCAGAAAAUCUGAAAGAUUUCAAGCGGUCGUUACUUAUUUAUUUAUUUAUAUUUUUUAAUAUUUUGCCCUGCACUGUAAAAUAUAUCUGUUAAUGAUCAGUUUCCAUAAGUGUUUUCCUUUUAUUUACUGCUGUGAAUUGCAUUAUGGGAUGUUAAUCUCUGCUCUGUCGACUUUUGAUGUUGAAAAUUCAACUCUACAGUUUAACUUUAACGUGACUUUUAUUGACGUUUUAGUAGUUUAUAAUAAUAAUAAUAUAAAUAUAUAAUCAAAUAAGUCUGUAGCAGAAAUGUACUGGCAUUACAAGGUUUUUGUAGCAUGAUAUACAACACCAACCCAGACAAUAUAUCACUUUAAACUAUUAAAAAUGUUAAUAAAAGUCACUUUAUCAAACUUUUCACGGUUAAAAGUUGUUGGAAGAAAGAUCAAGCUCCCAUAAUGCAAUGCAAAAGCAUAAUUAAAAACAUGAAUCAGAAAGCUGCUCAUUCACGGAUAUAUUUUACAGUGUGGAAAACAAAAUGUGGAGGAGGGAAAAAAAACGUUAUUUUGCAAUCGUAUUGUGCGUUACGUUUCUAGUUCAUUCUUGAUGUGCGCAUUGACAGUAGCUUUAUACAUAACGUAUUAAAUGCAUUUCACUGUUUAUAUUGAAUCUUGAACUACUACGGUAAAACCAACACAAUCUCACGGCAAUUCGUAACUUUUUGAUUUAGCGGCUGAUUCGUGUGAGUUCAUAUGAUCUCAUUCGUACAAUUUAGCACGAUUUGCUCAUCCCCGAAUGAAGGUUAGUUUUAGGGGCGGUGUUGAGUAUGACACCUUCUUUUUUUAAAUCGUACGAAUUAGCCGCUAAACGUAAAAUACUUACAUUUCCUUGUGAGAGCAGGCUGGUAAAACUAAAGGUCUUUGCAUUCGUCACCCACUCCGUGAGCUCUUUAUUGUUGAAAAACGUCUGAUAUACCUCUGAUCUAUCACACUUUUCUUCAGGUUUUCUCUUCACGUUUCCACUCGUCACUCUUUAAAAGAUGCUUGGUGUUUUGUAUUGUUAGCGUAACACCUUGAAAUACCAAAAAACCUCAUAGAACUGGCGGUAGCAACAUGUUUAUUGUCCCUCAGGUGGUUAUUGUCAAAUGUUUGCAGGUCAAACUUUUAAAAAAUGACCUUUUUUAUCACCCCGUUUUGAAGAAAACUAACCUAAACUGAGAUGUAUAUGCACAUUAGCUGAUCACUACAAACUGUUAGCUUUCUACUGAGUCUCUGCUUUCUAUCCUUUGGUGAUUUGUUGGUGAUUUUCACAGAUUUUUUUAUAUUAUGUCUUCUCGUUCGUUCUUAAUAUUGAACUGGGUUUGGUUUAUGAUGAUCUACAGUAUGAGCCGUUUGAUGUUUUUUUUUUGCAAAGCGUCUUCCUUCGGUGUAUGUAGUCUUUUGAUUGCUUGAAAUAAAGACAUAGAAAUACA